AUGCAAUAUGAUUCAUGUUUCGAUGCUCAACUGAACAUAACAUUAAUGUCGCCCAUCCCAGAAAUUCAUCCAACUCGUUUUCAAGAGCUUUUAACUUUUGAAAUAGCUUUCAAUGAAAAAAUUAAUAAAAAUAUUUUUGGAAUGUUCACUGAAAUUCUAUUUAUAACUGCAGCUUUUUUUAUUGGACGUUCAAAUUAUUCAUUAGGAUGGCUUAUUCUUUUGUUCUUGUCAAGUGUCAAUAAUUAUUUGAGGCAACAACGAUUGUUGCGGCAAGCAUACAUUCGAGCAACUUCUUCAAUUCCUGAAAGUCAUCUCAUUCUCUCGCGCCUCGAUGAUAUUCCCGCUUGGGUUAUUUUUCCUGACGUUGAGAGAGCUGAAUGGAUAAACACAAUAUUUAAACAUCUUUGGCCAAAAAUAAAUUUAAUUGUUGAGAAAAAGUUGAGAGAUUAUCAGAUGACAAUAAAUGAACAUGAAUCAUUUAAGAAAUUUAAAUUUGAGAAGAUAAAUUUGGGUAAAAUCACACCACGAGUUACAGGAAUCAAAGUUCAUAUGACGAAUGUUCCUGUUGAUGAUAUCUUAAUAGAUGUGAAUAUUUCAUAUGUUGGUGAUUCUGAGUUGAUUGUAUCGUUAAAUGGCUUCCAAGGUGGAAUAAAAAAUCUCCAAGUCGAAGGAAAAAUUCGAAUUGGUAUGAAAAAUUUAAGUUCUUUACCACCGUUUAUCAGUGAAGUUGAAAUAAGUUUCUUAGAAAGUCCAACAUUUGAUUUUGAAUUUUCCACUGCACUUGUUCCACUUGAUAUGUUUGCAACUGGGGAUUUAUUGAGAUCAUUCAUUAAUGAAGAAAUUUCAAGGCGCCUUGUUUUUCCAAAUAAGAUUAUAAUAAAGGUAGAAACGUAUCAUAAUACAGGAACUGAAGAGUUACCGAAAAUUGUUGGAAUUAUUCAAGUCAAGCUUCAUUAUGUAAGUGAACUUAAUGGUCACAAUGGACAAAUUGCACAGGCGCAUCUCAACUUAGGAUUACAUCGAAUGAAAACAUCGAAAGUAACAAUAUCAGAGAACGUUGCAGUUAUAAAUUUUCAUCAUAAAAUUCCAAUAUUUUCUCAUGAUGCGAAGAUUCUUAACAUCUCUAUUGAAGUUAAAGACGAUACCAUUAAAAUGGGAACAUUUCAAGGAUUCAUUGAUGUGUCAAAUUUAUAUAAAGAUCGUAGAAAAUAUUUGACAUGCAAAAUGUCUCCACAUGGAGUUUCUUCUGUCGAUCUUUUAUGGCUCUCUUUGAGCAGUGAUCAAAAAGAUUUACAAAAUCAAGUAAUUCCCAACGAAAAUUGUACAAUACUCGAAAUUUACAUUGAUUCUGUGAAGAAUAUAAAAUAUUUAACAUCAACAUUCGUUAUGCUUUCAAUAGGUGAAGAAUCUAAAAUUACAACAGUCAUCAAUCCAAACUCAGAAUCAUGGAGACAACAUUUUACAUUUUUCAUUAAUGAUCACAACUCAGCUGAACUUCAUGUUGAAGUUAUCGAUAAUAUGACAUCAAGAACUAUUGGAAAUUAUGUGUUCAGAAUUCACGAUCUGGUUACCCGUAAGAAAAUGAGUCAAAAUCUUCAAGAAAUUCCUUUAAAUCAAUCAAAUAAUGACAGUAAAAUUUUAAUGUUGUUGAAGCUUCACGCAGUUAAAUUUAAAGAUUAA